UCUAUCGGACAAGAUGGAUGCCAAAUGUGUAGCCAAGCGUAAGUUUCUUUUAAAAUGUGAGCAAGUUUAGUAUAAUUUAUCGUGUAAUUAAAUAAAAUUCUGGUCAAUCGUAUGUAAAAUGUUUCAUACAUGAACAACUAUGAACAAAAAGGAGGGCAAAUGAAGUGGUUUUAAAAUCAUUAUAGCAUAAAUUUAAACUUAAGCUCUGGUAAUAUAAUAUUACACAUUCCAAAGAAGUGAAGUCAGAAUGUCUUCAUGUGAUGGACAAACCAAAACCUCAGCUGCCAGAGUUUUAACCCAGGAGGAGCUGGACAGACUCGGUGGUGAGCGGACUCUGGUGUCCGACUUCAAACAGAUGAAGUUGGAGAACGAAGCUCAGAAAAACUGGGACUUGUUUUACAAAAGAAACACGACGAAUUUCUUCAAGGACAGACACUGGACCACCAGAGAAUUUGAAGAGCUCAAAGCUUGUCGAGAGUUUGAGUCCCAGAAAUUGGUGAUACUGGAGGCUGGCUGCGGUGUAGGAAACUGCAUCUUCCCUCUGCUGGAGGAGGACCUCAACAUCUUCGUUUAUGCGUGCGACUUCUCACCACGAGCUGUUGAAUUUGUCAAACAAAACCCUCUAUACUGUCCUGAGCGCUGCUGUGCCUUCCAGUGUGAUUUAACUAAAGAUGAUUUGAUGGAAAAUGUGCCAGAGGGAAGCGUGGAUGUCGUCACUCUCAUCUUUGUCCUGUCAGCUGUCCAUCCUGACAAGAUGAAGCUGGUUUUGGAGAACAUCAACAAGGUGCUGAAGCCUGGGGGUAUCAUCCUGUUCAGGGACUACGGCUUGUACGACCACGCCAUGCUCCGAUUUAAAUCUGGCAGCAAGUUGGGGGAAAAUUUCUAUGUUCGCCAAGAUGGAACCAGGUCCUACUUCUUUUCUAGAGAGUUCCUGGCCGAGCUGUUUGAGGAGACGGGCUUCCAAUCCAUUGCUAACGACUAUGUUCUGAGAGAGACGGUCAACAAGAAGGAAGGGCUUUGUGUUCCCAGGGUUUUCCUGCAGAGCAAAUUCACUAAGCCUGGCCAGCCACAGAGCUCUUGAUGUCACUAAGCCUUAGUUGGUUAUCUCACAAAUCUCCAAAGACAUGGUGAAACAUAAGACUGAAGUGUCUAGUUGAAACCGGAUAGCCAAAAAAUGAUUCUAUAAUUUAAGGGAACAUUCCCAGGAGAGGACACUCCAGGUUCUGAAUCUUUCAAUCCAGGAGAGAGAUACAAGUGGGUUAGUUAAUGAUACCUGCUCCCACUCAUUACCCAAUGGAUUUUUGCCUUGAAAUGAGGUUCAGACACAUUGAAGCUGCUGCUCUGCCUGAAAUUAAAGCGGUGGGCUUGCCACUGGAGUCUUACAGGUGUAAAUAUGAAGAGCCUUACGAACUGGAAGAAUAAAAAGUUCAAAAGGUGAACAACUGUUCAGCAAAUCUUGAGCUAACUAAAUAAUGAGCAGCUUGAAUUCACGUUUGUCAAAGUUUAGUCAGCUGCUUAGGAACUUUAUGCCUUCUCUUUAAGCCUUUGAAUUUUAUUUCUUCUGUAAACAAACAGGUAUUUUAUUAUUAAUAAGACUAUAAACCUUUUCUUGAUAUUGAGCUUGUGUGACAAUUUUAGGAUUUCACUUUUUUGUACAUUUAUCUUAAUGUUUUUCAUCAUGUUAAUCUGUCUGUAUUGAAUACCAACAGAAGUGCAUUGUGUCAUUUCACACAAUUGUUCAGAAAAAAAUUCUCACAGUGUCACAUCCUGCUUAUGAUUCAGUGUUUUUGUGCUGUAAACCACAGAAGCUGGAGAUAAUCAGUAAACAUCCUGACUGUUUAAUAAACUUAUUAACCCUUUAGCUGGCAUACAAUUGUCUUAACAUCAUCAGUGCAUUAACAUUUCUUUAAAAUAGGAAUGACUGAUGUCAUUAAAUGUUUAUUGUAUGGAGACAGAAAGAAGUAAUGAGGAGACAGAGAGCUAUAAUAUGCGACAAAUUAACUGGCUGGAGUCAAACCAGUGACGUUGUGGUUAAUGGCCAGUACCAGGAAGCACCCGCAUUGUGUUCUUUUCUUGAAUAUCUAAAUACCAGAUAUCUAUGGUCCAAAACAACACAAUAAGACAGUAAUAUUAGGCCAUAUUUCUAUUGCUCUUACAUGCUAAUUGAUUAUUAGACUAAAGCAGUGUUUCUCAAAUAGUGCCCCCCCUUACAAAGGAUAAAAAUUACGGCAUUAAUUGUAAAUUUGUGAAACUGUGAAUUUAAAAUAAUUUCUAGACCUUGACAAGUUGUUUUGAUCAUGAAGUAAAAUACUAGAUUGUUCAGUUCCAGAUACCUGUGACUGAAUGUUUUGCGUUUUUGUAGAUAAACUGUGAUCUGGCAAUUGAGGCAUAAUACUGGAUUUCAGCUGAAGACUGCUGUUCUGUCCAAACUGUCAUGAGACACUGACAUUUUUAUUGUGAUAUACCCUCCACUGUUGUUAGCUUUUGUUUCAAUAAAUUGAGAUGAGGAAAUCACUA